UAUGCAAAGAAGUAUUGUGGUUCCCGUCCGCAUUUUGCAUUGAAAUCACCUAUUACAAUCUUUAUCACGUUCCCAGUAAUGCCCUCAUAUGUAUCAGUUAGUUCGUCGUAGAAGGCAUCUUUCACAUUAUCAUCUUUUACUUCCAUACUGGAUUAAACUCUUUAAUGUAUGGUACUAAUGUUCUAUGGACUGCAAAACCACUACCGAAGUGAUGUGUAUUUUCCAUUCCAGAGAAGAAAAUUGUGUACUCUCCAAUUGUUAGUUGUCCUACUCCCAACCAUCUUAUUUCUUGAUGAUGAAGUAUUACCUCCUUGUAUAUUUGUGCAUGGCCUUGCUUCAACUGGUAAAACUAGUUUAAUUAACCGUUUUUUAUUUUAUUUAAAAAAAGAAAGAUCUGUUAAUGUAUCAAUUAUAAAUUGUGUAUGUUGUUACUCUCCUAGAUAUUUGUUUGAACCAAUACUGAAAGAUUUAUUAGAAACAAAAAAUAUUGAUUUAUCAUAUCAUUGUGAAACAUUUAUGCAGUUCUUAAAUGCAUUGAAAAAUUCCAAUGUUCAAAAUGAGAAAACAAUCAUAGUAUUAGAUAAAUGUGAAGUAUUGGAAUAUGAACAAAUUAUGGUAUUUUCAAAAUUACAAGAAUUAAUCCAAAGUUUUCAGCUUUGUGUAAUACUUAUUAGUCAAGUAUCACCAGCAAAAUUUAAUGAUGAUUUUGCCUUCCUACCUGUAAUUUUUGAACAAUUUAAUAGUUCUGAACUUAGUGAAAUAUUAGCAUUAGAUAAUCCAGUGGAAUGGAGUUUGGAUUUUUACAAAAACUUCCUAAAUGUUUUUGUUGGUUCUUUUUAUGGGAAUUGUCGAGAUUUGGUUGAACUAAAACACUUGGCUGAACUAGUGUUUGUAAAAUAUAUUGAACCAAUAAAAGAUGGAUCAUGCAUUGAAUCUAAUCAAAAUUUACUUUAUAGAAAAAUAAGUCCUACAAUUCAAUAUCUAUCCAACUGUGUUUAUUUGGGAACCAGUAUAGAUAGUUUAGACAGUUUGAAUAACGUUAAAUCCAAGUUUGAAAUGAUGGCUUUAGAUUUACCAUAUUAUGCUAAAUAUUUUUUGAUUUCUGCAUACAUUGCUUCAUUUAACUCACCCAAAUAUGAUAGAAGAUUAUUUGUAAAAGGAUCUGAUAAACGUAAAAAAAAACUCAAUAUGUUUAGUUCCAAAAGAACAGAAAAUACUACUAGCGAAUUAGUUGGUCCUAAAAUAUUUUCAUUAGAUAGAUUAUUAGCAAUAUUUUAUGCUAUUAUCGAUGAAAAUACAAGCAUGACAGCCAAUUUAUUAGCUCAGGUUAAUACACUAGCUGAUUUAGGACUUCUUGUACGUCUGGGAGAUGGAAAAUUAGAUACCCCUAAGUAUAAAUGUAGUGUUGGAUAUGAUUGUGUGAAUAACAUUGCUCGGACUGUCAAAUUUAACAUCAAUAAAUAUCUCGUAGAUGGUAAUUAAAUUUUUUUUGUAAUAAUUAUUUACAACUUUUUUCUUAAUUUAAACAAGUUUUAAAAUAAAUGAUAUACUUUAUUAAUUAGAUUUUUUUUUCAAAUUAUUUUAGAUUUUACAUAAAAAAAUAUAAUUUAUUUUUAUUAUAUUUUAUUUUAUAUUUGUAAAUUUUAUUUAAGUAACUAAAUUUAUAUUUUAAUAAAAGACAUUUUUUAAAGUUAUACUAAAAUCCACAUUUGUGUUCAAUACUUUUUUUAUUUUAUUUAUUUUUAUUUUUUAACUUCAAUUACUUAAGGACAAUUGGUUGAUAUAUCUCCAUAAAGGAGAAUGGUAAAUUCAAUUAUUGAAUUGAUAUCUUAAUCAACAAAUAAAGCUACUUGUGACCAAGUUUUAAAUCUGAAAUAGUUUGCGUUAAGUCCUAGUGCAAAUCCCUUCAAUUAAAUAUUUAGUUAUUAAUUUAAUUUAGUUGUUUAGUUGAUUAUUUAAUUAUUAAAAAAGAAAAUUUGUAAUUAACUUGACAUAAUUUUUAAUGUUUUUGUAAAAAUUUUUGAUUAUAAAAUGGUGAAGAUGAAACUUGUAAUUGAUAGUAUUUCAAUUAUACAACCAGUCAACUAAUUUUUUUUU